AUGAAAAAAGUAGUAGGCGAGAACAAUGUUAGUACUGAUGAAGCAGAAUUGAAAGCCCAAUCAGAUUCAUUCUUUAGCACUCAUCAUCCACCCGAUCCUUUGAAACAGAAACCAAAAGCAUUAGUGUAUCCGCUGUCAACAGAAGAGGUUGCUGAACUAGUGAAAAUUGCCCAUGAGUAUCGGGUACCUGUGAUUGCAACUUCCGGAUUUACUUCACUUGAAGGCCAGGCAAUGCACACAAGAGGACCCAAUAGCAUUGCUAUCUCCUUUGCCAACAUGCACAAAAUCUUGAAAAUACACCCAGAAGAUCUUGACAUGACGGUAGAAGCUGGUACAAGUUGGCAAGAUAUUGAUCAAUAUCUUUUAAGCAAUGACGAUACCAGCCAUUUGAUGUUUGGUCCCGACCCAGGAAUGGGUGCUUGCAUUGCAGGGAUGGUUUCGACUUCAGCUAGUGGCACCAAUGCAUACAAAUAUGGAACCCAUGAAAGAAAAUGUCGUCAACUUGACGGUGGUUUUGGCCGAUGGAACUAUUAUCAAAACCAAGCAACGGCCUCGCAAAACCAGUGCCGGUUACGACAUCACCAGGCUCUUUAUUGGAGCCGAGGGCACACUAGGAAUCAUCACUGA